GUCACGUGACAGCUGACUCAAACGCCACUAACUGUUGCCUCGUAUUCACUAGUACCUGCUAGAAAAUGAUGAAAUAUCGAGAAAUACACUUUGCUGACGUGUGACUGAGAUGGAUAUAAGCAACAUUUCAAUCAGUCUACUCGACGUACUAACACUCAACUAACACUAACGUUAGCAUUAGCAUUAGCCGAGGCACCACAGCAGCAGGAAGUGGUCUGAAGCUUCCCGACAACCGACUGAACUGAUAGCUAUUUUCAGUAUGCGGAACCGACAGAGGGGAUCACACCUGGGCCUGCUGCUCCUGGGUUCCCAGCUGUUCCAGCUCGGUCUGGACAACAUCCCCCCAGUCACCCUGGCUGUCCUGGGACUCAAUGUGUACCUUUACCUGUUUCCAGCAGCCCCACUGUUGCAGGCCUGUGUGAGUGUCCAGCAGGCAUACUGGUUUAAAGACUGGCGCCGCCUUCUGCUGUCCCCGCUACACCAUGUGGAUGACUGGCAUCUCUACUUCAACAUGGUGUCCUUCCUUUGGAAAGGUAUCAGGCUGGAGCGACGGCUGGGCGGAGCCUGGUUCGUCUACCUGCUUUCAGUCUUCUCUCUGCUCACCGGAUUGGUCUAUCUGGUGUUGGAGGCAGUGUUAACAGAGCUCACCCAGGACCAAUCCUACAGCAUGGCCUGUGCUGUUGGCUUCUCAGGUGUCUUGUUUGCUCUGAAGGUGCUCAGUAAUCAUUACCACCCUGGGGAUGUGACCUAUGUGAUGGGUUUCCCUGUGUCUAACCGCUAUGCUAGCUGGGCGGAACUCGUACUGAUCCACAUGACAUCGCCUGGGACCUCUUUUGUUGGCCACCUGGCAGGUAUCCUGGUGGGUCUGCUCUACACUGUUGGACCACUGAAGUCCAUCAUGAAGAAGUGUGCAGGGUUUGUGACAUCAAACGGAUAUAACUCCCAGCCCAGUACCUACUAUGGCUCUUCAGGCUACAGUGGCACUCGUGGAGGAUACACAGGAUACUCUCAGUAUGCACCAUAUUCCACAGCAAAUCCUACAGCAUCUCAUGCAGGUGGGCUGACGGAGGAAGAGCAAAUACAGGCAACCAUCAGAAACAGCCUGAAUGACAGAGGACAAACCAACCAGAGAGAAGCUCCUCCUCCUUAUGGUUUCCACCUCUCUGAGGAGGCGACCGCUGAGGAAAUCAGGCAGAGGAGACUGAUGAGGUUCGACAGUUGAACUGCCGGACAGCGGAAGGGAAGAAGAAGGUUUAGGUUACAACACAACAGAGGAAUUUCUUCCGGAAGCUUGGUCCAAACUCUGCUGCAACAGGCUGAGGAAGAACAUCCUGAAUGAGGUCCACCCACACAGUCUGACACAUUUAAAAGCUCUGUUACUGUGUGGUGCUUUGUGCCAACGUGCCUCAAGUGUUACCAAACAGUGAAUGUAAGCUAUGCAAAGCUACUUUAAUGCUACUUAGACAUUGAAGUAUUCGGAUUUGCAGCUGCAAAUUGAGGAUUUGAGAGGAAAGCGAACAAGGAUUUAUAAUAUUUUUUAGACGAUGUUUUUGUUGUUAUGCUACUUAAAGUUGUGAAAUGGGUGACAAACAACAAAUAAAAUGCCUUUUAAGAUGUUUAAAACCAAAGUUUAAAUUUGAGAAACAUGAAUUACAUUUGUGAAAACAGACGAAAGGACGAGUUUGCAUGUUCUCCCCGUGUCUGCUUGGGUUCUCUCCGGGUGCUCUAGCUUCCUCCUACUGUCCAAAGACGUGCAAGCUAGGUGAUGGACUGGCGACCUGUCCAGGGUGUACCCCGCCUCUGCCCUGUGCCAGCUGGGAUUGGCUUCCGCGAAGUUGUACAUGGGAUAAGCGGUUGACGAUGGAUGGAUGGACAAAAGUGCAUCCAACCACGUUAGACUAGAUGUAGAUAUUAUAAAAAUCUGUAAAAUCAGCAUUUUAUUGUUCUUAUAAACAGAAUAAAUGUGUUUAGAAACUAA